AUGCAACUUUUCGCGGUGCUGCAAGCGUUUGUACUUUUGUUUAUAGUUUCUAUCCACGGAGUCAUCUUGGAAGAAGACAUUCAGCUGAGCAAGGCGUUCGGUGGGUCUGGAGGCACUGCGUUCUCAGAUAUCAACUUGGUCGAGUUUGGUCAACGUGCCUCCUCAAUCGAAAUCAGCGCCAAGAAUCGAGUCACUUCAGUGACUUUGCGGAGGGACAGACCAACCAAGCGAGUGUUGUCGCAUGGUGGUUCUGGUGGAACAAGCCAAUCUCUCUCUCUUGCAGACGGAGAGUAUGUGAAUUCAAUGGAAAUUUAUUGGGCGAAGAAGGGGUUUAGCUCGCGGAUUUUCUACCUCCAAUUGAGUACGAACGCAGGCAAUUCGAUUGCUGUAGGAAGAAAGACAAAUAAUAACUCUACGAUCACUGCUCCUAACGGUUUCCAGCUUGGUGGAUUUUUUGGUCGUUCCGAUAGUGAACUUGAUCAAUUGGGGCUUAUCUGGACGAGAAUAAACGCAACAGCUGCAGCACUAAAUGAUACAAUGGGCACCGCUUGGUAUGGCAAUCGAAUUCGGAACUGGGUUGGUCCCACAAUCGGUGACGCCACUGACUCGGCGUGCUACAGAAGAAGGGAGAUAUUUGGCAGCGGUAAAUCCUGCCCUAUUGGAUACAGCGCCAACGGAAUCAGCUGUUUAGCGCAAUGUCCGAUAUCGUACCCGGUAAAUUGUUUUGAACAGUGUAUCCCGCAGAACGGUGACUGUCUCGUGGAGAUUCUUGGCAAGUCUGCGUCUGUGAUUUCCGCAGCAUUCAGCGCAGUGACCGCUGGAAUCUUUGACACGCUUUUUACAUCAUUCAAGAGUGCAAAGAAAAGUUUCGUUUGCGCUGCCAAUAUAAUCGGCGUGGUUAAGUCCUUAAUCCACUACCUCAGGCUCCAGCGAACAAUGGCUCCAGAAGGAACGACGGAAGAGAUGCUCAUUGUUGCAUACCACUCUGAUGCUGUGCUAUUUGCCAUGCCGAUUGCUGUCGCCAAUUGCCUUGGUAUAAGAGUUGCUGGAAAGGUGGUUUUUGCCAACGUCGUCUAUGUCAUUGUGGAAAAUAUCGUGAAACAGACCAUCAUCAAUGGCGACCAAAUUCUCUCAUCCGCUAACUCCGUCUUUGCUUUCCUACAAAAUUCCAGUAUAAUCAACUCUGUGGAUGAGUCAACAGUGCACGAGCUACAGGUUCUCCUCGACUUGAAAACAACUUGUGGAUAUCAGCUCAAAAACAUCACAGACCAUAUUACUGCUACAGUAAGCGAAAUUCGCAACAAAACACUCACCGCCACGACCGAUGACAUCCGCGUCGAAAUCAGUAAUUCCCCUCUCGUUCUGAGAGACAUCCCUACCGCUACCAAUAAUUGCAUGCGCGAGCUUAUGGCGACCAAAUCCUUGAAAACUGCGUUUGAGACUCGUGACUUGAUCCGAAAAACGCUAGGAACGAUCGUCGACCAGCUAAUCGAAACAAACAAGACGGAUAUGGGCCACUUUGUUGCUGAAGGAGACCAAGCUCUGCAGACGGCAAACACAGUUCUCACCGUACUGGGUGGCAUGGAUCCGACGGGUAUUGCGUCGAUGCUAUCACAAUUUGUACAACCGAUUUGUGGACCCACUGCUUUUGUUGGUGAGAUUGACGAUGGCACGCUGCACGAUGCUCUCGGACUAGAAACCAUGGAUGGAGCGUUUAAAGGAAGCUAUGGUACGUGGAUGAAAGAAGGUGACGGCGUCAUGGAUCUUAUCUUCGAAAGCAUGGAUACGGAAGAUGUGACGGUCGCUAUUUACUCAGGUGGUGAGGAAUACAAAGAAGUGGAUGUGCCUGCUGGAUCUUCAAUCACAUUAGCCGAAAACAUCUCUAGCUUGCAUGACAAAACCUUGUAUUUGGAUCGCUGGCGCCGGACAGUGCUCGGAAUUCCUUCAUCUGCCGGUGGCUCACUGAAAAUGUGGGUCCCGCGGUCUUCUCAAGGUGGCCAUCUAACAAUGCAUGUUCGUAUCAAUGUAAGCUAA